AUGCGCUAUGAAGGAGAUGUGAAUGUUCCUUCUUAUAGUCACUACCACCAAGCUGAGGUGCCCGCUCUUGGUGUCAGCCCGUUUCCCGUUCACCAGCAAAACGGGGUUCCUUCGAUGCCUCAAGCUCAGAUGGGAUAUUCUCAAGUUCCCUAUGAAUAUCCUAUGCAUGGAAGCGAUUAUAACAAUAACAUGACCUUUCGAGACGUAUUAGGAACAGAAGCAGUGGAUGGGGAGUCAGCUGUCGACGGAGGAAUAGUGAAGAGACGUAAGCGACCCAGAAAAGUGAGAACAAGCGACAUUAUGGCGAGAAGGACAAAUAAACGAAAGAAACUUAGCAGUGAGACAGAGGGAGCCGAAGCAAGUUUGGCAGAUACAAAUGUACUAGGUGAUGGUCCACCACCUUCUCUCACACAUGGUGAACUCUUAAAGCAAAAGAAGAAGAACAUGGCCUUCCCGAAAGGCACGUUCUUGGUACGUUAUGCGGAUUUGGAUAGCGAUGAAUAUGCUGGUCAUAUUUGGCUCGUUGAUAAUCAUCAAUUGCUUCAAAAGUAUACUUAUGACGGUUUAGAUGCCUCUAAUCUCAAAAUUUUCAGUCGCACGGAGAGAUAUAGCGGAUGGCUUUGCACAUGUCCAUGGUUGUAUCAUCCGCUUUCUGAUGUCAGAGGAAUACUCGGAAAUAUGGAAAAGGUGUGUGUACGCAAUCAUCCGACGAGGGAUGAAUUAUUUGCUAGGAGAGAAGAGGAGAGUAAAAAAGCACCAGAUCCUGAGCCAGAACAAAUGGAUACGGCAGAAGAAGCAGUGAAUUCUGACACAGAACACCUAUGCGAUGAACAUGAAGCCAUAAUGGGACUGCCAGAUGAUUCACUGGGUGAAAUGCCUCUGUUCAAGACAGAGGAACCAGAUAUUGUAUGA